AAUUCGAAAAAUGUUAUUAAAUCUCGCUUAAAUGUUGUGAUGACAGCUUCGUCUCAAAGCUCUUCUCUAAAUAAUUUUGAAACUCCAAAAUCCGAAGUGACUUCAGAAACAGAAAAUCUGUCUCACACUUCUUAUCAUGCAUCAUUUAAUGCAUAUCCACUGGAAUGCUCAUCAAAUCUUCUAAACCCUACCAACGAAGUGAUAUACAUGCCCUUAAAUCCUACAAAUGUUCCUCUAUCACUUCAACCAGCAAGCGUUUCCAGUGAAACACAGCAUGAACUUCCACAAAGCUACAGUCGCCCAAUAUGUCAUGGGUUCAUUUUUCCAAACUCAUUAGAUGGCAUAAAUGAUGAUAGUUUAGGUCACGCAAGUAUCCCGGAUGUUCAGGAUAAUUCAGAAAAUGUAUUUCAUAGCAUACAAAAUCAGGUUUUAGGUCAAAAUUUAAGCGACUUGGAUUACAAUGCUCAGAGGCAGCUACAACUUCUGUUGCUCCAGAAACUGAUUGAACUGCAACUUGCACAAUAUUAUGAUACGCUCAAAAGUACCAUUCCACUGCAAAGCCAGUCGAACAUUCAGUCUCAAAAUCAAGAACCGCUCCCAUGCAAUGUUCAAAAUUUUGGCUUAAAUGAGCAUCCUAAUCAAAACUGGGCUGUAAAUAGUGAACACUCAGAUAUGUCUACAUUUCUAGUACCAGUUGAAGCCAAGUUUGAAGGAGAAAGUGGUCUUUCGUUACAUAUAACUCCAAGGGAUGACAGUAGUAAUACCAGCCAAAAAGGUUCCGUUACUGUAGAAUGUCCGGGUCAGCCUAUUGUGUUAUACCCGUAUACUGUCCAACAUGAUGGUCCACAAGAAGAAACAUCUCCGGUUAGUCAAUCAAUUAAUGACUCAUAUGCGAGUGGUCCAACUGCGCAGGCACUAACGAUAAAAGAUAUACACCAGUGCAUACGCAAAGGCUCAUUUGAGUUUACUCCUGAAUCUAGUAAUGAUAUAGUUGAGAGUAUACGGGGUCGUACGAGACCUGGAUUUGUGUUAUUGAGUGUACGACAUGAAAAGAUAAAAGCAAGAAACUUAAUCUCACCAAGUUCUGAAUCAGGUCUUAAGAAAAUUCGUUCAUCCCCCAAUUUGGGAACAGCGAACUCUGAAACAAAGACAGGAAGCUUUGGUGCAAUGAAAAAAUCCAGGAAACGAAUGAAAUAUGCAAAAAGCGAAACAGAACUCAAGAGGCGAUCAAUGCGACUUUCUCCGAAGUCUCUCUUGGAAAGUGCAGAGAGUAAUGGUGCAGCUCAAUCUCCAGUAGAACUUACGGAAGAUGAACUUAAAGCUUUAUCGUCACAGUCGAGGUUCAGGGUGACUAGGUUUGCGGACAAGAAACAAGCAUGGAUAGCUCCUUCAAAAGCAAGCUGCUUGGCUGUACACGAUCUAUGGACUACUAAACUUCCAGAAUAUGUGUUGAAGUGUGCUGAGCAUUUAAAGAAUCCAGGUUCAGAGGGAUUCAUUCAGGAAGAGAAAAAUAAUACCAUACCUUAUUCUUUGGAAGCAAUUAUAAAUGGACGUUGUAUAGCUUGCCAAAAUCAAUCCCCCAAUACUUGGAAUCCUUGUAUGAAUCUCAAAGUUACUUAAUAAUCUAUGAAUCUGUCUACAAUAUGACGCAAGCAUUCAUUGUACAAGAUGGUGUCGUUUUCAAGUUCAACCAUUAAUCAUGCGUUUUAUCAUCUUUGCUUACAGAAGAAAACAAACAGCACGCAUAUACGCUCAAUCGUCUCUUCUGUGCAAAGGAAUUAAACAGUCUCAUUCAAAACUAUUUUGUAUAAUCUUUUUUAUGCUUUUAUAACUUCUCAGCUAUGUAUAAUUUUAUGUAAAUUAUUUAUUUUUAUUUCUCCUCAUUUUACUUUACAUAUCCUCUAUUCAUAUCAGUAUUUUGAAGUUUAAUCGACGUUUUAUUCGCAGUCACCCAGACAAAAUAAGUUUAAAUGUUCCCGCCUGUGGACAGUCAAGUGGAUGGAACUUGUGUACACAUGAAGAAAAAAACUGUCAUCAGUGAUAAUGGUGAUGAUGAUGAUGUAUUUACGUAGGCAUAUUUUUUUAUUUUGCCAGAAUUAUUUUGACAAAAUUUUGAUUUCAUUUGUAAAAAUUUCUUUCUUUUUUGAAUGAUUUUCCUAAAAGGAAAUGAAUUUUUAAAUUUUAAAAAAAAACAAUGUUCUCUAAAAAUUUUCUCUGAUCAUGAUAUCAUCAAAAUCUUGGCUGAAACACUGAAUAAUUAAUGGUUAAUAAAACGCACAAGUUGAAAUACACAAAUGA